CCCGGCUGUGUCCGUGAGCGCGGCGGGCCGCUGCCAAGGGACCGGCUGCCGGUUCCCGCCCCGCGCCUCUGCCGGCGCGGGGGGCGCGGAGCGGAGCGGCGGCCGGCACAUGGCGCGGUGCGGCGGCGGCGGGGCUGCGCCCAAAGGCAGCGGCCCGGCGGCGGCGGAGCGGCAGCGGCUGAAGGAGGCGCUGGCCGAGCAGCUCCGGCAGGACCUCGGCAGGCUGCUGGUGGAGGGGACCCGCUCCGACGUGACCAUCCGGGUGGGCGACGCGGCGCUCCGGGCGCACCGGGCGGUACUGCUGGCGCGGGCGCCGCGGCUCUUCGCCGCCCUGGGCGGGGGGCAGCCACCCCCCGAGGUGCUGCGGCUGGACGGCGUGGGCACCGCCGAGAUCCGGCGCUUCCUGCGGCUUGUAUAUUCAUCUGAUAAAAAUCUUAAAGAAGCUGAGGAGCUGGCUAUGAUGAAAAAAGUACUGGAACCCAAAUUAAUGCAUGAAAACAACAUUGCUACUCUUCAGAACACUCAAACAAAUGUAAAUUGUCUCAGAGAAAGCAAAAAAACACCUGUGGAACAGAAUACUCCAAGUGGAGCUGUGCCUGUGCAGAAAGAAGUUGCUUGUUCAUCGUGUGUUGAGGAAGUUCCAGAAGCAGUCGUUGAUGUAGAAAGCAACAAAGACACUGCAGGUAAUUCCAGACUAGAAACUGCCUCUGUGUUAGGAGAAGACUUAAUGAUGCUCUUCAAGAAGUGCUGUUGUCCAGAUAUUAAUAUUUGCAUAGAAGGCAAAGAUUUUCAAGCUCACAGGGCCAUUUUAUGUGCCAGAUCUAGUUACUUUGCUGCUAUGCUGAGUGGAAGUUGGGCUGAGAGCUCCCAAGAGCACAUCACUCUUCAAGGCAUAAGCCAUGCAGAAAUGAGUGUCAUCUUGCAUUUUAUAUAUGGAGCUAUUCUGGACUUCCCAGACAAAGUUGAUGUUGGUCGCAUGUUGGGCAUUGCAGAUAUGUAUGGGCUGGAUGGGCUAAAAGAAGUAGCUAUCUACAUUUUGAAAAGGGAUUACUGCAACUUUUUUCAGAAGCCUGUUCCUGGAAAACAGCAACCUGUACUAGAAUGCAUGGCUAUUGCUCAUUCGUUGGGAGUGGAAAACCUAUAUGCUGCUUGCAUGAAAUGGGUAGGAAGACAUUUUGCAAAAUGUUUGUCAGAGAGAAGCUUUGCCAAUUUACCCACUGAACUUCAGAACAACUGUCUUGUUAUGUUGAUUAACUCUUUGAACCACAAGAAUGCUGCUUUCCUUUUGAUGGAGAGUGACCGGCUGAUCAACAGCCUCCCCCAAGUGAAGUGGACAGAGGCAGCUGUGGCUUUGGCAUCCAGGCUGCAUGAAGAAUGUGUGACAUUUAUCGUUGCAAACUUCCUGCACGUGGUACAAAGUGAAGGCUUCUCUGUUUUGUUGCAGGCACAGGCAAUGAGCAGCAAAGCUGACCUUCUAGAACUAAUUUUUAAUGCAAUUGAAAAAAGCAUUAAUAAUGAAAACAGCUGCUUUCUUCUUGUAGCUGUGGAUACAUUGUUGGACUCUGCAAAUGUGAAGGAGAUGGGUUUUACGUGCAAGAUCCAGGCGCUGCGUGAUAAGCUCUGGGUCUUCCUGGUUCAGUCUUUUUAUGCUGUUCGUCACACAGAGGGCUGGAAGCUGGUGAGGCCAGACCAUCAGCAGCAAAUACAAGCAGCUGCAUUUGACAAGGGUGAUGACCGAAGACUUGGCAAAAAACCUGUAUUCACUAGUUCUCAGCUAAAUAAAACUACUGCUCAAUCUGUUGGUAUAAGGAAUAGUUCCUGGAUAGAACACAGCAAGAAGGAUUGCUGGGGAGAUUCUUCCACCAAUCAGGAUAAAAUGAAAUCGGAUGGAUUAGGAGCAUCUGGACAUACAUCCAGCACCAAUAGGAACACUGUUAACAAGGCUUCAAAGCAUGAGGAUGUAAAGGGAAAAGAUGGCAAAAAAUUAGUUUCCAAGAUUACUAAGGAUUCAAAACCUGGGGAAAAAGCUGCCUCACCAAAGGCUAGAGCUGUUAUAAAGACAAAAAUAGAAAAUAAUGGAAAUGUGAAGGCUGAAAGCAUGCUUACCAAGCAAGAUGGAGAGAAGACAUCAUCUGCAACUGGACAGAAAAACUCUGGAAGUGGCAAAGGACUAAAGAAUCAUGAAGGAAAAGUUGCAGGUGCCAGACCUAAAGUGCUGACAGUAACCUCAAGUGUGCAGAUCAAAACAAAACCAUUGAAAAAAACCCCAGGGAAGGAAUCUCCCUCCUUAGUGACUGUAACAGCAACUUCCAGCAAGUCAGCAAACUCCAGUGUGGAUAUCAAGACUGUCAAUGAACAGACAGAGGAACCCAAAGAGGAUAAGUUGGUAGAGGAAGGGAAAAAACAGACUGUGAAAACAAAGGCAUCUGUGAAGAUAUCAAAUGGAGUCACCACCAAAAAAAAAAAGACUGAGCUUGAGGCUAAUGUCACAACAAACAGUCUGACCAAAAAACCAGCAGGAAAAGGGUGCAAUGAGCAAAAUGGACAAACAGUCCUAAAGAAAAAAGGGACUGUCAAUACCAGUUUUGCAGUACAACAAAAGGCUCAAAAUACACCUACCAAUUCUCCCAAGAACCAAGGACCUCAGGGGGAAUCAACAAAUUCACUGAAAUCAGGAAUGUCUCCAAAACAUAAUGAAGAAAAAAAUGUGUUACAACAUCUGGUUCAGACAGCACUCCCAGAAAAACCUCCUUCAGCCAAGAAGAAGAGUGUUAAGCAGUCACAAACACCUGUAACAAAAGCCACUGCCAAAAUAACACCUAAAACCCUGACUCCGUCAAAGCAUGCUGAGAUUACGAAUAGUAAAGACCCGAAACAGAAAUCAGCUGUAUUGAAAUCUCAGUCCUCUGCCCAAAAACAUUCAAGGAGUGAAUCUCCUGUUGUCCAGAAGAAUGUGCACACCUCUGAGCACAGAGGUUCAGGACAGAAACUUGAGAAAAACACUGCUGAUGCUGUGGCAGCUCAGCUUCGUGACAAGAAUGAAUCUUCUAAACCUGCGGUGGAAAGCAGCAGUGAUGAUAAACUGCUGGAGUCCUGUCAACCCAGUAAACAAAAUUUAUCAGAUUCUACUGAAAAUGUGCAAUACAAAAUGCAAUCUGAAUCUUCUCUAGUUACAGAAGAAAAUAUUUCUAAACUUCACGUUUCAGUGCAAAAUGACAGGGAAACAAGACAAAUCUGUGAAGAUCAGACUGGAAUUAAGAAGAUUGAAGAUACAAAGAUUAAUAAUACAGCCGAAUUUCACUGUCAUGCACAGUCUGCCGGUGAUGGAUAUUCAGACUUUUCCAAGGAAACCAAUCAAAAGGCUUCUGUUCCAGGAGAACUGGUGAAAGAUUCAAAAGCAACAAAAGUCUGUAGUGAGCAAAGUGAUAAAUUAAACUCUGAAACAGAUCUAAACUAUGGUGAAAAUGCUUUGUCGAGCUUUUCCAGAAUAACCAAUAAAGAGGAUGAGACAUCAUCUCCUCAGAUCCACAUGGAGGGAUUCCUUACAGCCGAUGAACUGUGUGAUACAUUGUCCUUGACUGAAUAUAAAUCAGUUACAGCAGAUUUAGAUGAUGUUUCAGAAUGUUCCACAGAACAAAUAACAGAAAAAUAUUCACCUAGUUACACAGAGCUCAUAGAUCCUGCAGAAACGCCCGAAAACCAGGAAAAUGCAGAAACUCCCUUCGUUGACCACUGGAAUAAUGGGGCUGUAGAUCCAAAAGAGAGCCCGGAAUCAGAUACUGGCAGUGCAACCACAUCCUCUGAUGAUAUAAAACCAAGGUCAGAAGAUUAUGAUGCCGGAGGCUCUCAGGAUGAUGAGGGAUCCAAUGAAAGAGGGAUUUCUAAAUGUAGCACUAUGUUAUGUCAUGAUUUUCUUGGAAGAAGCAGCAGUGACACGAGUACACCUGAGGAAUUAAAAAUUUAUGACAGCAGCCUAAGAAUAGAAGUGAAAAUGAAAAAAGAGGGUUCUGAUCUCUUCCGUAUUAAUUCAACGAGUGAUGAUGAAAUACCAAGAAAAAGACCUGAAAUUUGGUCCCAUCAGGAGAGUUCACGGACCGGUACUAGAGAGAGCAAAAGUUCUACUUUUGGUAAUGCACAGUUUACUCAGGAGGCAGACCAAGUUUCUUCUUCUGCCGAUGAAACAGAAGAUGACAGAUCUGAAGCAGAGAAUGUUGCAGAAAACUUCCCUCCAUCAAAUGUUCCCACUCAACAGUUCCAAGGAAUUGAUAAUUUAGCUUUUGAAGAUGCAACAGAAAAUGAUACUGUAAGCCAAGAGUUUCCUAAAACUAAAAAUUUCAAACGAUCUGUUUUACUUUCAGUAGAUGAAUGUGAAGAAUUGGGAUCUGAUGAUAAAGUGGAAACUCAUACUUCACGUCAGCACUCAAUAGAUUCUCUUACUCCAGAAGUAUUUGACAGUGUUUCUCAAGAGCAGCAUGGAAAGACCUUUUAUUCAAGAUACUCAGUGGAAACAGAAGAAGGAUUCCUGGAUGGCAAACAGCGUAAGGAUAGAGACAAUAGGUCAGAUAAAAGUGCAAGUUCUCACGGUACUGAAAUCCCAGGGAAGGAGAAUGAGGGUGCUUCAAUGACUGAACAAAAUUGCCCAGAAAAAGUCUAUUCAGCAGCUAGUCCAUGUCCAGGAGAAACACAAAAAAUAAAUAUGAAGAAUGAGGUUGCUAUUGAAUUUCAGCAGUGCAAUAAGUACUUAGACAAUGAUGCAAAAUCUCAAGAAAGACCGUGUCAUCUGGAUCUUCAGCAGAGAGAAACUAAUUCUGAUGCGCAAAAGAACAGCUCUGCAAAACCUGUAGAAGCCAGUAAGAGUCAGAUACUGACUCAGGAAGGUCAAGUGAGAGACACUCAACCAGCAGCUACUGAAUGCGCUAAUACUGAUUUACUUCCAGGAGACAUAGAUGAUUAUGACACAAUGGCACAAACCUGCAUGUAUGAACAUCGGCCUCCAAAAACCCUCUCUCCAAUAUAUGAGAUGGAUGUUGGAGAAGCAAUUGAGCAGAGGAUGGAUUCAGAAACAGCAGUUCUAGAUGUGGAUUUUGAAGAUCAGCAGUUUGCAGAACAGGACUGGACUCUUCUCAGGCAAUUGUUAUCUGAGCAGGACUCAAAUAUAGAUUUCAAAAACUCUGUUCCUGAAGACCUUAACUUAGCACAAUGUCUUAUCAAUCAGACACUGUUUCUGGCACGAGAUGGUUCAAAUCCUCAGGGUACAUCACAAGUUGACACAUUCAGUAGGUGGACGGAGCUCAUGUCUCCACUGGACGAUUCUUCAGCAAGCAUUACGGUGGCAAGCUUUUCAUCCGAAGACUGUUCAUCCCCUCAAGGGGAAUGGACAAUUCUUGAACUGGAAACCCAUCAUUAAGGUGACCAACUGUUUGCAACUGAACUCCAACCCAUUCCCCAAAUCUAUUUUUGAUGAGUUCUUUCCAUACAAUAGUGAAAUACUGCAUCAGUCGAGAACAAGCAAUUCUUGAUACUGAGGCAAUCUUUCUUAUAUAAUGAGGUAAAUAUGUUAAUUUAUAAUCUAGAUUUAAUUACAGGUACGGUAAUUUUUCAAGACUUAAAUGUAUGUCUUUUCUAAAAAUGAACUUUGAGCAUGUAUUUUCUAGAAUUGUUAGAAAAACUAGAUGACAUGAAAGAAAAAUCUUGGUUUCCACCUUCCCUUUUAUCUUCUUUUUUGACAUUUAAUGUUCUCAUUCAGCAAAUAUUUAAAGAUGAAUGCACAAUUAGUAGAGCUAUUCUCCUCCUUUUCUUCCCCCUCUCUAUUUGGUCACUUCAUUUUACAACAAUAAAGACUCAGAAUGGUUGUGUCAAAAGGUGAUGUGUGCCAACACUGCUUUAAAUGAUGGAAACACAGUCUAAUGUUCAAAGAAAAUGUUUCAAUCUGAAUAUGCCUUGGGCCUUAUUAAUGUGAGCAGCUUGUUUCAUCUAUUUCUUCCAGAUUAAAUUUUUGUAUUUUGGUUUGUUUAGAAGUUUCCAAUAAAUUUUUUAAAUUGUCUUUCCUUUAAAUAUAAGACUUCAGAGGGUCUGUGCUAUAGGAAGAGCACUGUUCUUUUUUUGGACAUGCAUGUUUAAGUAAAUGUUUUAAAUGGCAUAGUGCAUGAAUUCAAAGGAGUUGGUAGAAUGCUGCUCCUGUUCUAAGAAACAGCAUGUCUGAUGUUUCCACAAAUAUACCUGAUGCUGAAGUCGUGGUCAGUGUUACAUCAGAAGUCUGACUGACUAGAAAUACCUUCUGGCUUCAAUUCAUAAUACUUGCACCCUCCUGAUGCUGGGGCAUAGCAAGAUUCUCAGGAAUUAGGUUUUGUUUGUUUUUACAGAUGCUACAUUUUUGGAGCAGUAAUAGGGUUCUUGCAUCGUCAUUAAUAUCUCUAGUGUAGCUUUUGCAUAUUGAGACUAAAUGUCAACAUAACCUUUCUUCUGACUCAGAGUGAAAUAGGAUUCAUAGCUCAUUCUGCUGCUUUUGGCUAUUUGGGUGGGCAUAGGACUGAUUAUUGUCUUUUAUGAUUUGACAAGGAGGAAGGAGUGAGAAACUGUAAUUCUUACCACGUCAAAACUCCUCCUGAAAGGUACAGGUUUUUUCCCCUGCAAAGGCUGGGCUUUCUAAAAUAUCUGCAUUAUGGAAACAGUAGGGCUUGUCUUUCACACAGCCCAAAGUCUAAACAGGAAGUGUUCUACCUCCUCUUAGUCAUUAACAGAAGUGCCUUCUGAAAUAGGUGCCAUCUGGCAGUAAAUGGCUACUAACAUCCUUCUUUUGUGGAAACUGUUUAAGAUAAGUACACAGCUUAAGCUGGUUGUAACCAUCGAUAACAUGGUCGGGUUUGCAAGCUUUUGCACGAUUCCAGCAGUGCACCUUAAUUUUUUUGACAAACUUCAUUUCUUUCUGUUCAUAGACAAACUCUCAGUUAAGUGGAAAUAUGAAGUUGCCCUAGUGUAUGACUGAAGAAGUUAUGACUUGUCUUACCUUUGGAUUUGACAUAAUAAAGACCUUUGAGGCAAAAUAGUUUAUCUAGAAAGCCACUUUGUUGAACUUCUGGUACAAAAGUAAAACUAAUGUUUUAUCCUCCUCAGAACAAGCAGAGGAAGAAUUUUACCUCAUUCCUUAAUAUCAAGGUAGGGGGGAAAAAAAGGAAAGCCUUCCUUUCUCUAUGUCAAUUGAGGACUCUAAACUUAGGGAAGGAAGAUGUUCAGUCUCAUAAUAAAAAUCUUUCUAACCUUUUAGCAGCAGCAUCAAUAGUCUGAGAUAUUAUAAUUCAAAAUAUUAUAAAUGUAAUACACUGUAUUUAACCCAGUUGUCAUAUUGAGGAAUUUAGGAGAACCUUUAGAAGUGCAAAUCAUCAAGAAAACCCGUUUUUCACUUUCAGAGUUUACAAGGUUUAUCAGUAGGGGAUAAUCUUUUGAAUAAAAGAAAGAACUAUAUUAUUAGCCGAAGUAAGAGAUGAAACUCGAGAGAAGCUCUUACAGAAGGCUGAAGAACAGUGUUUUUGCAAUUUCUGUGUAAAACACUUAAGUAAAACGUGUUCACCAAAAAGCUUUGAUCAACUUUCAAUUCCUGAUGAUAUUCUGAUAGUGGGCAUUCACACAUUAAAGAAGAUGAAGUGAUGGAAAGGAGAAGUGACAGAAAGUGAAAGAAGGGUUCCUUUUGUCUAUUUUUUGCUUUGGCCCAUAUUUUUAACUCCUACUGAGUUGAUAGAGCAGCACUGAAGUGACACACGAAGUUUCUUGUUUGUUCUAUGAAUUACAACACAUACAGACGUUUCUUUAUUUUUUUUUUCUUUGCAUUUACUUCUCUGGCUGUAUCAAAAUUAAAUUAGCUUCUCUCUUCAAGUCCACAAUGAUGUUGCUGCAAUUCCUUUAAUAGUUUUGCAGCAGACCACUGAUUAGGAUAUGGUAUUGUUCAGUUGUUACAUACGCAGCCAUAGAAUUCAGCUUCCCACAGCCGAAUAGUGUCUGUAGAAGUAGCAGGAAUAGAAAGUGGUAUUGUUUUUAAUUUGCGUUACCAGAGUGCCUGUGAAGCUUAAUCAGACCAACGUCCCACUGGCUAGACAUUGUACAAACCCAGAAGGAAAACAAAGACUUCCCACAGGGUGCUUAUAAUCCAAGUUAAGACAAAAGACAAAAAAAAAUGCACAUGGAUGGAAAAGUAAAAUGAGCGUGUCAAUAUUUAUCUAGCUGAUUAGCGAUGGUCUCAGCACAUCAUCAGUUUAAACAGUUGGGUUUUUCCUGUGUGCAUUAUGAGAAGGGGAAGUUGGAGGGUGAGAUUUGGAGGCUGGAUAAUGAGGGAGCUGGAAAAACCUAUAUUCCUGCCCAGCCUUGUGUGCUAGCUAAACUACCUUCCUGCUUGACCCUGACCUCGUUCAGGAGGAUGUUCAAGCUUUAAGCCAGGUGUAGGUGGCUAUCUGUUUAAUAGCAUCGGUCACCUGAGGUCAUUGGAGUCCUGCUCGUGCCUCCUGGCAGUGAUUUUUUCACUGUGUUGGCCUCUUCUCCAAAGCAUGACAGAAGGGAAAAGGUGAAAACUUCACAGAGAAACAACCAAAUCAAGUGUCCCAGGCUCCAAGUGAAUAGUGGCUAAGAGGUCCUGGAGGACCUCUAAAGUAAGGACAAGGUAGGUGCAUCUGAUGAAACAGUGAAAGGGUGUCAGUGAAGAUGCUAAAGAGAUGGCAUAGUCAAAAUAUUGUUUAAGGAUUUAACUUUGCAGUAGUACUUUGAAUAAGAACAGUGAAAUUGCUUUAUCAAAGCCUGAGAAGACAAUGUUGCUGUUAACAGGUGAUGCUGACAGCUUAUCUGAGAUUUACAUGAAUGGUAAGGCUGUCUGUAUCCUGCAGGUAGUAACACCUGAUUUACUAAACUGUCAGUGAAAUUUAGAGAACUCAGAAAUCAGAGUUUAAGAUAAUGACCCUGAUUUUGCCUAUCUUGAAUGAUGCUGUGAAAGUGAAAAAUAAGGAAGGAUGUUUUUCAUGUGUGAAGGUAUUAAGUUUAAAAAAGACUAUACCUCAAAAAAGUGGUCCUGUAGUCAUAAUUACUUUUUUUUUUUUUACUUGGAAAAUUAGAGUCUAAUCUGGACUGGAGAAGCAGCUCUGCAGGGUUUUUACAUACAGCUAAAAUUGUAUUUGUGGAAUAAAUCACUAAAAGAGAUAUUGCAGAGGGAAAAUGGAAGCAAAUGGAGGCCCAACACUUGGAAACCUACAAGGAACUAAGGAAAGUGGAGGUUCUUCCAAAUAAUCUGCUCAAAAAAAAAAGAACCAUUAGGUAAGCGAAGGAAAUAAAGAUG